GCUUCAUUUGUUGGAGGAUCUUUCGACACAAAAUAAUAUAGAGCCCUUAGGUCUGAAUCAACUUCGUGCCAUCGUCUUCCUUCUCAGAAGAUGUCAGACUUCGGAGAAUUUGACUCUGAUUUUUACCAAUCUAAUUAUCCCAUUGAUAAUCAGGAGCAGAGUCUUAAUGAUUCUAAUGCCUAUGGAAAUCUUUACGGAUCUGGAAAACUACAAGCCAGGGAGCAGCCUCAGCCUGACUUUGUCCCACUGGAGAUGCUCACGCCAUCAGGUUACGAGGGACAAUUUUUUCAGCCAGCGUUCAACCCGGAUUCUUAUUCACAAUCUCCUUACAUUGACAGCUUUGAUGAAGAGCCUCCUUUGCUAGAAGAACUUGGAAUUAAUUUUGAUCAUAUAUGGCAAAAAACCUUGACGGUGUUAAACCCUCUGAAGCCAGCAGAUGGCAGCAUUAUGAAUGAAAUGGACCUCACCGGGCCCAUCCUGUUUUGUGUGGCUCUGGGAGCCACCCUGCUUCUGGCAGGAAAAGUUCAGUUUGGUUACGUGUAUGGCAUGAGCGCCAUUGGCUGCCUAGGGAUUCAUGCCUUACUAAACCUGAUGAGCUCUUCAGGGGUGUCCUGUGGCUGCGUGGCCAGUGUACUGGGUUACUGCCUGCUCCCCAUGGUCAUCCUGUCCAGUUGCUCUGUCUUCUUUUCACUGCAGGACCCCUUUGGGAUUGUGUCUGCACUGGUCAUCAUUGGCUGGUGCAGUCUCUCAGCUUCCAAAAUCUUCAUUUCAGCCUUGGACAUGGAAGGACAACAGUUUCUCAUUGCCUACCCCUGUGCCUUAUUUUAUGGACUUUUUGCCCUCCUAACAGUUUUCUGAAGAGUGUUUGAGAUAGCAUUACAAGAUUCCAUUUGUUUGCUGUUCACAUUAUCCUGAAAAUGUAUUAGCAUUCAAAUUUGGUAAUACGAUUUCUGUUUUAUUGCCGUUGAGAGAAUAACAAGCAGAGAGACAAAGUAGCACUUAAGGAUGGUGCUCUAAUAGCCUGUUGGCUUGAAUGAUGUUGCUUUUUUGGUUUGGUGCACUAAAACAUUUUAAAAUACUUUAAAACAAAAAUGGAUAUAGUUGUGUACUGAUGGCCCCUGGUUUUUCUCAAUAGAUGUAUUUCUGAGAAAUUGUAAGUAAAUA